CCGUUGCAGCGCCGCCAAACAAACAGAGAAAGAAAGGAAAAAUGGGCGGCGGUGCAAGUGAAGGUGAAAACAUCCUUAUUUGAAGGCUGGAAACGAAGGGAACAAGCAAUUAAACGAUGCAUAAGAAGGAAGUCCAAGGUGUAAAGACUUAAGAAGCAGUACAAAGCGUCAGAGGCCUACAGAAGAGGAGAAAAUAAUGGCUUGUAACGUGUGACAAACAAGACUCACUGAAAAUGUUCUUGCCGAGGAUGAAGAGCAGAAGGAUGAGGACGAGGGAGAAAGCAGAGCGAGGACCAACGUGUUAGCAGUGACUUAGGACCAUAUCACCACUAAAGGUUAUGUUAUUCGUGCGUGCCAAGCCUUCCUUCCACGGCCAGUAAGGAGAGUCAGUAACUUUAAGGAUUAACAGUGAACUAAGUGAAGGGUCAGUACCGUCAGCCCCCCAGCACCACCCCAGUGAUGGCCGAGGACUGACCAAACAGUGGCCGGGACCCCAGGAACACUCGGAACCUCUGUCGUCAGGUAAUUUAUUAGUUGAGUGGCUACUGGAAGUGGAGCAAAAAUGGAGGACAGAACUAGCUUCCAGCCAGCCACCAGGGGUGAGGUGUAUAGCAUAGAUCUUGGUCAAGAGCCAAGCAUCAAGACUGAACCCGCCAUUAAACUUGAGGAGAUGGUAGAAGAAAUGGGCCAUGUAAUACUCACUGGCGGAGAGGAGAGUGACCACAGCGAUCCAGCCAGUGACCUGUCCAGUCAAAACAUGGUGGUGAUAGAGGGCCGUGUGCUCUGUCAGCUGUGCAAGAAAGCGUACAAAAACAGGAGCAGUCUGACCACACACCUGCGAGUAAAGCACAAUCUCUGUGGCAACAGCCGCGCCAAGAUGCCGUGUCUGGAGCCUGGCUGUGACUUCAGGGCCAACCGCAUCGCACGCUUGAUCACACACCUCAUCAAGGCACACAAGAUGAAGUUUCAGUGUGAGAAAGUAAAAUUCCAGAAUAAGGAUGAUUUUUGGCAGUGGAGGAAGGAGGCUGAGGAAAGGUGCCGCUCAUCCUACUGUGCUGAAACAUCCACCAAAAAAAUGGUAUCGGGGGACAUCAAGUUCUUCCUGCGCUGCCGCCGCAGUGGCUACGUGAAGUGUCACCCUCAGGGGACCGGGACGAGGGUGGCACGGAAGGGCAGCAUGAAGAUCAAUGCCGUGUGCACGUCCUUCAUGGAGGUGAUAUUCAUGAAAGACGGGGGAGCCACGGUACACUUCUGCAGGACUCACUACGGCCACGCUGACGAUGGGCAACACUUACGGAUGAAUGCGGAGGAGCGGGAAAGCAUCCGGCAGCUGAUUCUGGAGGGCCACACUGCCUCAGCCAUCAUAGCUACCAUGAAGACCCGCAUGCCCCAACACCGCCACCACCUCCUCAAGUACUCCAAGAUUCGCAACAUAUCCGUGCGACAGAACCUCUACAUGACCAGGGACCGAAACCUGGCGGGGGGCAGCCGACUGGUGUUGCCGGGCGAGUUGGUGGGUGAGGCAGGACAGGACUCCCUCAGCCUGCAAGUGGUGAAGGAGGUGGAGGUGCAGGCUGAAGAGGAGGUGAUGUCUUCCCACACUCUGGACCUGGAGCCUCACCCGCAGGCCCCCGUAGCAGCAGUGACCACUCAGGACAGUGACAAUGUUGAGACUCUACAGACAGAAGUGAAGAAAAGGCUAAAUAAGUUAUCGUGUCUGGCCUCGAGUGUUACGUCAGAAUCUACUCUCAGGUACCUCAGUGAGAACUUGGGCUUCCUUACUGACCUGCUGGAAAGUGAGUCACGGAUAGAGGUUGUUACCGAACCUUCUGAGCAUUCCGAGGCGGGUGAUCAGAACGUGGUGCUUCACAAGGAUAUUGACGGGAACUCUCUCGUCCUCUUGUGCUCACCAAGGAGCAUUGACGACUUGGUGGACAAAAAGAAAUAGAUUGUACUCUAGAGGGUGUCUAUUCCACCUUAGUAAUUUAAUUGCAUGUCAAUAAAAUUUGAACUUUUU